CGGGUCAUCAGGUACCGGAUUGUCUGGCUCGACAGCGGGCAUCGGGUCACCAGGUAUGACAGCGGGCACUGGGUCACCAGGCAUCAGGUCAUUUGGCUUGCGAGCGGGCACCGCGUCAUCUGGCAAGGCAGUGGGCACCGGUCACCAGGCAUUGGAUCGUCUGGCUUGACAGCGGGCAUCGGGUCACCAGGUAUGACAGCGGGCACUGGGUCACCAGGCAUCAGGUCAUUUGGCUCGCCAGCGGGCACCGCGUCAUCUGGCAAGGCAGUGGGUACCGAGUCACCAGGUACGACAGCGGGCUCUGAGUCAAUUGGCACGACAGCGGGCACCGGAUCAGGUACCGGAUCAUCUGGAUCAACAGCGGGCAUCGAGUCAACUGGCCUAAUAGGAUCAUCAGGCUGGAUCAGUUCAUCAUGCUGGGUAGAGGCAUCAGGCUGAGUGGAGGCGUCAGGCCGAGUGGAGGCGCCGAGUGGAGGCGUCAGGCCGAGUGGAGGCGUCAGGCCGAGUGGAGGCAUCAGGCCGGGUACAGGCAUCAGGCCGGGUACAGGCAUCAGGUUGAAGUGCGGGUGCCGAGGCACCAGGC